AGAGAGAGAGAUUGUGGCAGCAGGUUUUUGCAGAGCUCAACACUAUUUCUCACAGAAUCGGUGUGUGUUUCUCGCGGUGUGUGUGUGUGUGUGUGCUUUCCAUCCCGUUUAUAGUGCCGCACCCUGUCCUCCUCUGUGCGUAAAACCUCCCUCCCGCGUAGGUGCAGCAUCAUCAUCAUCAUCACCCUCAUCAUCAUCAUCAUCACACACCACGUUUCUCCCAGCAGCGGGAGAACGGUUCACCUCACGGACAGGUUGGACUCAGAGAUGGGAGUGGAGCGGAGGCUUCUCAGGCUAUGACACGGACACACCGGGCGGGAAGGAUGGCUCUCACCGGCCGAGAAAUGUUGUGCUUGAUCGGAUCCGCCUGCCUCUGGCUGCCGCUGUUUGCAGAGGUGGUGGCUGAGGACAGUUACUUAAACGAGGUGCAGAACUCAGUACCUCUGUCCUGCUCUGAGGGGUUCACUGAGUUGGGAUACUACAACGGCACCGUGUCUCAGACGGACUCUGGCGCCCCCUGUCUGAAGUGGACCGAGUUUCCAGACUACGUGAUGCAGUAUCCGGGCCGAGGGCUGGGCGACCACAGCUUCUGCAGGAACCCGGACCGAGAAUCAAACCCCUGGUGCUUCUUCAGACAAAACUCUGGAGCCAUCGGAUGGGCCUACUGCGACUGCCACCAGGGUGCAUCUCGUCUGGUUGGCAGCUCAUCGUCUGGCAGUGGGCGUGUUGAGGUCUACUUAAACGGCCAGUGGGGUGCGGUGUGUGACUCCCACUGGUCGGACAGAGACGCCAGUGUGAUCUGCAGGCAGCUCGGCCUGGGUGACAUCGGCACGGCGCUGCAGCACUCACAGUUCGGCUCCGGCUCUGGCCUCUUCCAUUACGAGCGGCUGGGUUGCCGUGGUGAUGAGAACAGUCUGAGUAAGUGCAGGAGCAGGACGUUCGUUACAGGUGACUGUAGCCAUGGAAACGAAGCAGCAGUCAUGUGUGCGGCACCAGAAGGCAGUGGUCCUCCGCUGCGAUUGGUAGGCGGCGAGGAGGACUUUGAAGGUCGUGUGGAGGUUUUUCAUGCAGGAAGGUGGGGCUCCGUCUGUGACGACCAGUGGGACGACAGAGACGCAGAGGUGGUGUGCAGACAGCUCGGGUUUGGGGGAGUGGCGAAGGCCUGGUCCUGGGCUCACUUCGGUCAGGGUUCUGGUCCGAUCCUGCUCGAUGCUGUGAAGUGCUCAGGAAACGAGCUCUUCCUGGAUCAGUGUCCCCAUGGCGACUGGGAGCAGCACAACUGUGACCACAUGGAGGAUGCCGGGGUCUCCUGCAGCCCUUAUACAGACGGUGUGGUGCGUCUGGUCGGAGGAGACAGUCCCUGGGAGGGCCGGGUCGAAGUUUUCCACAAUGGUGACUGGGGGACGGCGUGCGACGACCACUGGAGCCAGCAGCAUGCAGAGGUGGUCUGCAGACAGCUGGGCUACAGGGGUCACGCUGAGGUCGUGUCAGACGGCGCGUUCGGAGAGGGCGUCGGUUUAAUCCUGCUGGACGACGUCCACUGUGAGGGGUCCGAGACGUCCCUGCUGGACUGCAGGCACGGGAUCUGGGGACGGACCGACUGCUCUCACAGUGAGGACGUAGGUGUCCGCUGCAGGAGACGAACCAGCCCAGAAACCAACGAGGUGCCGGUGAUCGCUCCUGCUACAGGUCCCCUGGUGCGUCUUGUCGGUGGCAGCAGCAGAAAGGAGGGCCGGGUCGAGGUGUAUCUCCAUGGCGACUGGGGGAGUAUUUGUGACUCCGGCUGGAACGACCUGAACGCACUUGUGGUGUGCAGACAGCUCGGACACAGUGGUGGAGCGGUAGCGGCGGCCGGGUUCGGUCAGGGGAAGGGUCCCAUCCACCUGGACCAGGUGAGGUGCACGGGGAAGGAGGAGUUCCUGGGAGAGUGUCCCUCGAUGGGUCAGAGAAUCCAGGGCUGCAGGCGCAGGGAGGACGCAGGGGUGAAGUGUAACGUCACGCCCAAGAAGGCAGCCGUGCAGGUGAAGCCGGAGGAGCUGAGCUGUGGGCGCCGGAAGCUGGUGGAGGAGGAGAGCAAGAGGAGGAGCCAGGGAGAGGAGAACAUACUCAGGACCACGUGGCCUUGGCAAGUGUCUGUGUGGCUUCAGUCUCGAGAACAAGAUGGCGGCGGUCCUCUCUGCAGCGCCACUUUGAUCAGCCCGUGCUGGGUCCUGACGUCUGCCACCUGCGUCAGCAGGUUCGGCAACGACCCGUCCCGGUACGCGGUGCGUGUCGGGGCUUCAGAGCGUCCCCUGACUCCCGAGCAGGUGGUGGUUCACAGGAAGUUCAAAGGUCAGAGUGGAGGUCACGACCUGGCUCUGUUGAAGCUUCCCAGCGCCAAGGGCCACUGUCUGACCUUCGAGCCAAACACCAACGCAGCGUGCCUUCCUGCCGCAGACACGGCAUCAGGGGGAAACGCGCCAUCAUCAUGCGUUGUCAUGGUAACCGCAGGUUGGACUGAAACAGACUCUGUCCUUGCCUCCUGGGUCCCUCUCAUGUCGUCAUGGCAAUGUAAGAAGCGUUAUGGCGACAGCUUCUCCAGCCACGGCACCCUGUGUGCCGGCAGUCCCCCUGACACCAGCCUCCUCCAUGGCGACAGUUGUCAGGGUAACUCUGGAGGCGGGCUGGUGUGUCAGGAAGAGUCGGGUCGUUGGGUCCUCACCGGGGUCGUCGCCGGGGGGAAUGGAUGCUCGGCCCCCUCCUCGCCCGCACUCUACACCCGAGUCAGCCGCUUCAGGAGCUGGAUAGAGGAGGUCGUCGACACAGGAGCCCGCUCCGAGGAGCCGCACACACACGCUCAGACGCAAGAGGACGUGACCCACGUUGACAAUGACCUGACGCACACACACGAGGAACACACACAGCGAGGCGCACGGCAGACACACACACGAUCAACAGGAAACAAACGAAAUCAAUGAUAUCAAACACACACACACUCACCACCCACACGCUAAGAGCGCGCACACACACACAAACACACAAAUUCUGGUCUGAUUGAGGCCGUGCCAUUGGCGAACCAUCAGUGCCAUGUGACCACCUGAGGAGGAGGAGUUAAAGAAGUUAGGCAGAAAAAAAAAAAGAGAAAGAUGCUCAAACUUAAAGUCUGCGCUCAUUUUUAAUCUGAACUCAGUGUCGUGAAUCUAAAGUGUGUGCGGUUUGUAGUCGUCGGCGUGUGUGGGCAGAGCUACCUGAGCUGCCAGAGUGUGUGGGUGCGGUGUGUGGCGCUUUACAGCCGGAAACUACGAGCCAGAACAACGACUGAGGGGGUCCAAAUGUUUAGACUGAGCCUGGCACGCUGAUCUGAUCCCCUCACUGACAAAAAAAAAAAAAAUCAGCAUGGCAUGAAUUAUAAGGACAACGUGAUAAAAAUAUCUGAGGGAUAUUUCUAAUAUGGUCACACAAGAAUCUAUGCUAAAAUCACCUUUAAAUGUGUUUCGCCUGUUCCAGCAAAAACAUCUAGAUUAAAGCCGACUGUAUGUCAUCCCUCUAAUAUGAAUAAUUAAUGAAUCUUAGAUUAACUGCUGCAUUAGAGCAACCCUUAACCCGGAGUUCAGUUUUGAUAAAAAUUCAGUUUUGGAUGUCGUUCUUUUUUCCAAACAGGGCUUCAGGCUGUUGUCGUAAACCUUUACUGUUAAAAGUGCUGUUCAGACCCGUGACUAAGCUAUCGGAUUCAAAACCUGUUUUUUUGGGUUUUUUUUCAUGUUUUAGCGCUUCACAAAUCAUGUAAACUUUAUGUAACUGCUGAUCAUUUCUAAUCACAACGGUCAUAAUGACAUCCAAUCAGCUGCUCAUGUUCUAAAAGAUGAACAGAUUGAAAAACAUAUGGAAAUAAAAUAGUGUAAAUACAUUUCAGGAGGAGGGAUGGACGGGCUGCAGAUAUAAUGAAAAAGUUUUUUUUUUUUACUGCAGAAUACUGAACGCACUUAAUCCACAUCUGUCCAAUUAGUCCCCAGUGCUGUUUUAAAAUAUAAACCAGACUGUUAUAGGUUAACGAAAAAGAUAAAAUCAAGGUCAAUAUCACAAGUGAUGUGAGAAAAAGUGUUUAUUUACAGGUCAUUUAUAUAUCAAUAAUAAGCAAUUCAUAACCAGAUUUGGUUUAGAAUUACAAAUGAUUCCCUUCUUACUUCUUAUUCAUGAGCUCAGGAGAUCAGUCAUGACUUUUUAUUAUGAUUCUCCAAUCAGACACAUUUGUUCUCACCUGUAAAGCCAAAGUCGUUGAGAGGGAUUUUCUGGCACAACUUCACCAACGACCACAGUGCAAUGGAGAGGUGAAAAAGCUCCAGCAGCACUUGUAGUAUGAAAAUCAACUUAAUAAACAAAGGAGACCGACGUGUUUCAGCCCUCCCUGGUGAAGGCGACAAGCUGAAAGGCGUCGGUCUCAUUUGUCAAUAAAGUAAAUGUUUAAAACUGGAUUUGAAGCAAGAACUUGUGAGGACUUUCUUAAAAAAAUGAAUGAAAUGGAUCCAGCUACCUUACCUCUCUGUCUCUGCAGGAGAUCUCAAGAUCUUCAAGCAUCUCGAGUCCUGGGAUAGCCUGAAAAAGUCAUUUCUGUUUUCCUGGAAGAUGCUAUAAUUUCAAUCAAUUUCCUUCGCUAAAAUCAAAAUUAAACGACAGACUCUGGACACGUGUAGAAGGCAUCAUAAUUAUUGUCUAACUUGCAUUAUUUUCUGUCAAACACUGUUGAAAAGGAGACUAAUGUGUUCUCUUCAGCUCAAUAAAAGUGCAUUAUUCUACAGCCAUAAUGGAGAGAGAAAAGCUUUGCAGACAUGCUGUUCCCUGAAGCAAAGAGUUAAGAGAUUAAGAGUCUGCUAAUUGAUUUUUUUCCUCCAAAAAGAAAACAAGAAUCUGCCCGGAAAAACAAAAAAACCCUGAAACACGUCAACAGGAUUUCAUCAGCAGCGACGUAAGAGCGACAUGAUUUGUUGUUUGUAAUUUAGGAGCUAAAACUUGCAAAAAAAACCAGCAGUAUGGUCCUUUAAAUUGUACAGAAUCCUUUUCAAAAGCCAUUGGAAGCUGAGUGUUGGGUCAUAAAGUAUUUUUUUGUACUGAUUCCAGCAGGUGGCGCUAGAUAGAUAGAUAGAUAGACGGAUAGAUAAGCUGAUAGAUAGAUAGUACUCCUGACUUUAGCUCGUAUGUGUACUGCAUUCAUUCUUGACUGAAUUAGAUAGCCGAACUCUCUUUAAUGUUGUCUGUUCUGUUGUAUUCUGAGCAGAUGUGUGAUCCGGCCACAAGAGGGCGACGUAGCUCUAUUUUCACAGGGCCGCCGCUCGCCCUCAGCCCUGAUGGUUCUUUUUUAUACUGUUGCUAGUAAGUGUUGGGACUUGUGCUUUUGAUGUUGUGUGAGCCAUCGUGUCGUGAAGCAUCCUGUAACACAUCUGCAGCUCGCCGUUAUUAUCCUGUACAUAAUCUCAAUCCUCUCACUGCUCCUGUAUUCCUGACAUUUUGAUGUUUGAACAUACAGAUCCGGUAGGUUGAUGUAAAUAUGAUCCAUGUGUGUCUUUGGUUGGAUGAUGAGCAGUGUAGAGUGUUUUAGGCCUACUUUACCUGUGAACCCCUCCUGCUGUUCCUCAGUAUAAUGUGCUGAAUCAUGGUGGACUAUUAAAACAUUAACCUGGUGAGAACAAA